AUGUGGACGUCACACUCUGCUCUGUCUGACCAUGUGGACGUCACUCGCUGCUCUGACCAUGUGGGCGUCACUCGCUGCUCUGACCAUGUGGACGUCACUCUCUGCUCUGACCAUGUGGAUGUCACUCGCUGCUCUGACCAUGUGGACGUCACUCGCUGCUCUGACCAUGUGGACGUCACUCAUUGCUCUGACCAUGUGGACGUCACUCACUGCUCUGACCAUGUGGACGUCACUCGCUGCUCUGACCAUGUGGACGUCACUCUCUGCUCUGACCAUGUGGACGUCACUCACUGCUCUGACCAUGUGGACGUCACUCACUGCUCUGACCAUGUGGACGUCACUCGCUGCUCUGACCAUGUGGACGUCACUCUCUGCUCUGACCAUGUGGACGUCACUCACUGCUCUGACCAUGUGGACGUCACUCACUGCUCUGACCAUGUGGACGUCACUCGCUGCUCUGACCAUGUGGACGUCACUCGCUGCUCUGACCAUGUGGACGUCACUCUCUGCUCUGACCAUGUGGACGUCACUCUCUGCUCUGACCAUGUGGACGUCACUCUCUGCUCUGACCAUGUGGACGUCACUCGCUGCUCUGACCAUGUGGACGUCACUCACUGCUCUGACCAUGUGGACGUCACUCACUGCUCUGACCAUGUGGACGUCACUCACUGCUCUGACCAUGUGGACGUCACUCUCUGCUCUGACCAUGUGGACGUCACUCGCUGCUCUGACCAUGUGGACGUCACUCGCUGCUCUGACCAUGUGGACGUCACUCUCUGCUCUGACCAUGUGGACGUCACUCGCUGCUCUGACCAUGUGGACGUCACUCGCUGCUCUGACCAUGUGGACGUCACUCUCUGCUCUGACCAUGUGGACGUCACUCGCUGCUCUGACCAUGUGGACGUCACUCUCUGCUCUGACCAUGUGGACGUCACUCGCUGCUCUGACCAUGUGGACGUCACUCUCUGCUCUGACCAUGUGGACGUCACUCGCUGCUCUGACCAUGGGGACGUCACUCGCAGCUCUGACCAUGUGGACGUCACUCGCUGCUCUGACCAUGUGGACGUCACUCGCUGCUCUGACCAUGUGGACGUCACUCGCUGCUCUGACCAUGUGGACGUCACUCGCUGCUCUGACCAUGUGGACGUCACUCGCUGCUCUGACCAUGUGGACGUCACUCGCUGCUCUGACCAUGUGGACGUCACUCGCUGCUCUGACCAUGUGGACGUCACUCGCAGCUCUGACCAUGUGGACGUCACUCGCAGCUCUGACCAUGUGGACGUCACUCUCUGCUCUGACCAUGUGGACGUCACUCGCUGCUCUGACCAUGUGGACGUCACUCGCUGCUCUGACCAUGUGGACGUCACUCCCUGCUCUGACCAUGUGGACGUCACUCGCUGCUCUGACCAUGUGGACGUCACUCGCUGCUCUGACCAUGUGGACGUCACUCACUGCUCUGACCAUGUGGACGUCACUCGCUGCUCUGACCAUGUGGACGUCACUCGCUGCUCUGACCAUGUGGACGUCACUCGCUGCUCUGACCAUGUGGACGUCACUCGCUGCUCUGACCAUGUGAACGAGCCGUCUUUUGCUAUACUACACUCUGGUCGUAGUAUUGCACUCUGGUCGUAG